CAUCUUCAGAACUGAGAGUCAGUGUCACGGAAGUCUGCCGGAAAGUAAACUAAAAUGUGGUACAACGAAUACGUGUUUUUGUGUUUGAUUGCGCUUGUUUUGGGACAAGCUGCAGCUUUACCGCAGCAUCCUCAGUACACUCAGCAAUAUCCACAACAGUACCAAGAACAGCAAAUCAGAGAGGAUAGAAAAUUUGCUGAGAAGCCAAACGCGAUGAAAAAAGUAGCGAUCGAUGAUCUCGAGGACAUUAGCACUAAUCAAAUUCAGGAGGGUAGCAGUAGCGGUUUCUCGUGGUCCAAUAUGCUGGGUAUGUUGAUGCAGAUGCUGUUGGGUCAGACAGGUGGUGCGACCGGACCUAGUAAAAACGAGAUAGAUGACGGUGCGACUACAAGUCCGUGGACCAAUUUGCUCUCCGUAGGAUUUAGAGUUCUCACAGCCUUGUUGGGUGGACCUCAGCAAUCGGUGGAUGGUAUCGAUAAGGUGGACAAUCAGAGUAGUCCAAUGCAGGAAAUUUUGACUGCGGUGCUGGGUGCGUUUCUAGGACAGGGCAGAAACCCCGAACAGAUUGCAGUAAUGGCGAAAAAUGCUUCCGAGUUCAUCAGCAUAGUCAUUAACCUGCUGGACGCUCUGAAGACAUCGUUCUCUCACCGUUCCUUGACAGCUCGUUCAUUCGGAAAGCGUGACACCAUCUCUGAAGCUGCUAUAGCGUCAAUCUCUAUGCUAAAGGGCUACAUGAGAUCUGUCAAGUCCUUUAGUUACGUAGGACGUGCCGAGGAGGAGGGUCAACGCGGAUGUGCCGAGAGAGCCCUUUGCGAGGCCAGCGCAGAAUGUAUCGCUGAUACACAAGGCCCAUCGUCAAUCUUCUGCCAGCUUGGAUCAUAUGCGACAAGUUAUCUCCUACAAAGACAGAGUGGCGUCGGUUUCGAGGCCCUUUACGAGGCAGGACGACGCGGUCGCACGGGCGAAGAUUGCAGAACUCUCUUCAUGGAUUGCAAUGCCGUAUGAGCGCGUCCAUAUUCGCGGCGUUUCAUCGAGCGUGGCUUAGAUUCUGCAGUAUUUUGCGAAAUCUUUUUGUCAAUAGAAUUUUUUAAUCCUUCUGGAACAAUCGUACAUUUUACCUCGAUAGUAGAGAACGAUGCGGGAAACGCAACUCUAUUGAUUUACAAUAUUUACAUUACAGGCAAUCAAACGACAUCAAGAGUCUUAAAGCUAUUCAAGAGAGGUCUUGAAGGUUGAAACUUUUUCUCUAAAACGUUUUUUUUUUAACUUUUCUGACAUUCAAUAUCAAGCAUUCAGACACAAUCAAUCCGUUUCAAUAAGAUUUUCGGUGUGUCUCACAUUAGAAUAGAAGUUUAAGUUUAUUCGACAUGACCACGCGCGAACGCUCAGGGAGCACAUCGAGCUAAGAUUCACAUGGAAUCUUGCCAACUCGACUCACGACUGAUCAUUUUUUUCGAGCGAUUUUCGAAUUCGACGUGUGUUAUGCGCGCUAAAUGAUGCAUGUAAUUUUGACGAAUCAGUGACUUUAAAGUCACGAAUAAACCAAGCACUAGAUAGUUCAAUCUUAUAAAAGUUUGUCUCGCGAAAAAUGGAAUGAACAUUUUCGAUAAUCUGCUGUGAAUAUAAUGAAAUCUUUCAAUUUUA